CUUGCAGGUCAGAAAAUUCUUCACCACAGAAGCGAUGUCUUAGAAACCGUAGUCCUGAUCAAUCCCUCGGAUGAAGCAGUUAGUACCGAGGUGCGUUUGAUGAUUACAGAUGCUGCAAGACACAAGCUCCUUGUACUCACUGGACAGUGUUUUGAAAACACAGGAGAGCUCAUCCUUCAGUCAGGAUCCUUCUCCUUCCAGAACUUCAUUGAGAUCUUCACGGAUCAAGAGAUUGGUGAAUUACUGAGCACCACACAUCCUGCCAACAAAGCCAGCUUAACUCUUUUCUGCCCCGAGGAAGGGGACUGGAAAAAUUCCAACCUUGACAGACACAACCUUCAAGACUUCAUUAACAUUAAGCUCAAUUCAUCUUCCAUAUUGCCUGAAAUGGAAGGACUUUCUGAAUUUACAGAAUACCUGUCAGAAUCAGUAGAAGUGCCAUCGCCCUUCGACAUUUUAGAACCUCCAACCUCAGGAGGCUUCUUGAAACUCUCCAAACCCUGCUGUUAUAUUUUCCCAGGUGGAAGAGGGGACUCUGCAUUAUUUGCAGUGAAUGGAUUCAAUAUGCUUAUCAAUGGAGGAUCUGAAAGAAAAUCAUGCUUUUGGAAACUUAUCCGACAUUUGGACAGGGUAGAUUCCAUUCUGCUCACUCAUAUUGGGGAUGAUAACCUGCCGGGAAUCAAUAGCAUGCUUCAGAGAAAGAUAGCUGAAUUAGAAGAGGAACAAUCUCAAGGGUCUACUACCAACAGUGACUGGAUGAAAAAUCUGAUCUCACCUGAUUUAGGAGUUGUAUUCCUUAAUGUACCUGAGAACUUAAAGAACAUGGAUCCAAGCUUCAGAGUUAAAAGAAGUGUGGAAGAAGCUUGUUUCACUCUCCAGUACUUAAAUAAAUUGUCUAUGAAACCAGAACCUCUCUUCAGAAAUGUAGGAAAUACAAUUGACCCAAUCAUUUUAUUUCAGAAGAUGGGAGUUGGCAAACUUGAGAUGUAUGUGCUUAAUCCUGUCAAAAGCAGCAAAGAGAUGCAAUAUUUUAUGCAUCAGUGGAGUGGUACUAGCAAAGACAAAGCUGAAUUUCUGCUACCAAAUGGCCAAGAACUAGACAUUCCAUUAUCCUAUUUCACUUCUGUCUCAUCACUGAUUGUGUGGCAUCCAGCUAAUCCUGCAGAAAAAAUAAUCCGAGUUCUGUUUCCUGGGAACAGCACCCAGUAUAAUAUUCUAGAAGGACUAGAAAAACUGAAAAACUUAGACUUCCUUAAACAGCCAAUGGUUACACAAAAAGACCUGACUGGAAACAUCGCUAGUGUUUCACCUGCUGUGAAACAAGCAAAGCUGAAACAACGAACAGACAGCAAGGAGAGUCUGAAGCCAGCUGCAAAGACACCACCAAGCAAGACUGUCAGAAAAGAAUCUAAAGAAGAAACACUGGAGCCUGCAAAACCUAGUCCAGCACCGGAAAAGCCACAGAAAUUAGAAAGCAAAGAAAAAACUCCAGUUAAGAAAGAGAAACCAGCAAAACCAGAAACCAAAACUAUUGUGGCAGAAAAAGAUGUAACCAGUAAGGAAGAGCAAUUAGGGAAAUCUGAAACUUCUGAAAAACAAGCUACAGAUGUAAAACCAAAAGUAACAAAGGAAAAGUCAGUGAAAAAGGAAGUCAAAGCAAAACCUGAAGAAAAGAAAGAGGAA